AUGGGUUCCCCAUCGCCCACAUGUGCCGACUUGGCCUACCCAGGCUGGGUCCAACCUAUGAUUUCCUCGAUCAUUAUCAUCGGUAUCCUGAUCUCAUAUCUGCCGCAACAUAUCCGGAUCAUCUCGCGAGGAACUUCCUUUGGUAUAUCACCGUGGUUUGUCCUGUUGGGCACGACAUCGGGAACCUCCGCAUUUGUCAACAUCCUCUGUUUCCCCAAGACCGCCGUCGAUGUCUCGUGUUGUCGGGAGAUUAGCGGGUUCGCCUGUUUCGCGGGCCUGCUGGGCGUGGUGCAACUGGGCGUGCAAUGGCUCUGCUUCUUCACCAUUCUCCUCCUCUACGUGAUCUACUUCCCCCGCGCCACAUCGUCCACAGACCCCACUCGAUCGGCCGAUUCGACUCCCGAAGGACAAGGCCCAACCUACCGCACCGCGCUCGCCGUCACCGCAACCUGUAUCGCCUACACCCUGCUGACAGCCAUCAUCUCCGUCGCCCUGGCGAUGCGCAGACCGUCUGCACUCGAAGGAUGGGCCAACUUCCUCGGAGUCUUUGCGGGCGUCCUGGCUUCCAUACAGUACUUCCCUCAGAUCUACACUACCUGGCGCAUUCGUGGGGUGGGUAGCCUGAGUAUUCCCAUGAUGUGCAUCCAGACACCCGGGGGUCUGCUCUGGGCGGGAAGCUUGGCCGCCCGCGAGGGUCUCAAAGGCUGGAGUAUCUGGGGUCCCAAGAGCAAGCAGAAGGAUCUGGACGAGGACGAGCAGGACGGCCACACCCACGGCGCGGGAGCUGGCUCGGUGGGCGAUGGGUCCACCACGAAUCCUCCAGUCAAGUCCAACCAGGGCGUGUCGGAGGAGACACCGUUGCUCCAAAGCUAA